UAUAUCUAUAGUAUGCUCUUGGGUUCUUGUUUGUUUGUUGGUUUAAUUUUUGUAGAUUAAUUGUACAUAAAUUAAUGUUUAUUGUUCAUGUUUCAGUUGUAGUUGAAAAUAACUUGUACAAAUAAAAUGAGUUCGGAUAAAAGUGCGAGUGACAAUGGAGCUAAAACUAAUUUUAUUGAAAGUACAUCCUCAAAUUGUGAUGAGUAUAAUAAUUGUGAUGGUGUACAUUUUAAGCUCGCCAAACAAACAUCACAAUCUAGACUUAAAAUUGGGACAGGUGGUGAUGAAGCCAAUGGUUCAGAAGACUUUGAUGCGUGGAUGAAAUCCCGCCAACUUCUUAAACCCGACGAUCAACUUGAAUUAACUGAAGCUGAGUUGGGAGAGGAAAUACCAAAAGUCUUAACUCCUACCAACACCAAUAUUGCAGAGAAUCUCGUAGCUUAUAGCUUCAAAGAGAAGGCUUUUGUUCUGCUUCCACUUGAAGGCAAUAUUGUAAAUAUUUUUAGCUUCGAAGGAACUUGCUUGCACAUUGAAUCCGAGGAAGCACAAAAGCAAAUCGAGGAAUAUGGUGAUGUCGGUUUCGCAAUUCCACCGCCAAAGACUGCCAAAUCAAUGAACUUACCUGAGGAUAACCUUGCCGCUCAACGAUCGGCUAUGGGAUCAACUGGGGAUUCUGAGGGCGGGGGUGAAGACGAAGAGCCUACCGUCGAUGAAAUUGAAGAAGAAGGAGUUGAGGGUGAGGAAGUAAUUGGUGAAGCUGAAGGUGAGGUGGAAGGCGAGGAAGGAGGUGACGCUGGUGAUGGGGAUGCACCUUCAAAAGAAGCACCUGGAUCUACUGGAGGAACGAAAAAACGCAAGCUUAUAAAUCAAUUCAACUUUUGUGAACGUGCAGCAUUAACUUUUACCAAUCCAACAAGAAAUGUUGAAACUCAAACCAUUCCACCACCAAGAUCAACAUUUGGCAGCAAUGUCCUUCAAUGGGUGAUUUAUGAUAGUUACACAGAAGAUUUCGCGCAGCACCAAAAGGAAAAAGAAAAGGAUAAAAAGCAGAGUACUGCCUUGAAAAAAGAUGCAAAGAAGAGAGAUGAACAUAAGGAAGCUGCAGUUGAGCUAAAUAAGAAAUAUUUAAAAUGUUGGCAGAUCCUUGAGCGUAUGAUCAAUCAAAACAUUUAUGAUGAUAUUGCAAGUGAUUAUCGUUAUUGGGAGGAUCCUUCGGAUGAGUUUCGAGAAGGAGAAGGUACACUUUUGCCGCUGUGGAAAUUCAAUUAUGAAAGGACUAAGAAAAUGAAUGUUACUGAUGUAAUGUUCAAUCCAAAUUAUUACGAUUUGUUUGCAGUCUGUUUUGGAUCACAUGAUUUUAUGAAGCAACCAGAAGAAGGAGCGAUUUGUUUGUUUACAAUUAAAAAUCCAUCAUUCCCGGAUUACAUAAUUAUGACGGAGAGUGGUGUUAUGUGCUGUGAUAUUCACCCAAAAUAUCCAUUUUUAGUUGUAAUCGGAAUGUAUGAUGGAAACGUUGCGGUAUAUGAUCUUAAAGAUAUUUCUAAAGGAGCUAUUUAUACGUCACAAGGUGUAAACGGAAAACAUUUGGAAAGCGUUGCUGCAAUAAAAUGGGGUCCGGAUCUUGCGGACGGAGAGAUUAACUUCUAUACAGCCUCAUCGGAUGGUCGAGUAUUCAAUUGGGUUCUGAUGCAGCUUAAAUUCUCCAUAACUGUCAUAAUAACAUUGUUUUUAGACAACGAAACCAUAGAAGGUCCCGACGGUACACAAAUGCGACUUAAAGGAUGUGCCACCUGCAUGACCUUUCAUCCAACUCAGCCAGAAAUAUUUCUUAUCGGCACCGAGGAAGGACUUAUCUACAAAUGCAGCACAGCUUAUAGUUCGAAAUACCUAAUAACCUACAAUGCACAUUACCUUUCCGUUUAUCGUAUUGAUUUUAAUAAAUUCAAUUCGAAUAUAUUUGCGUCUUGUAGCGGUGAUUGGAGAAUCAAGAUUUGGGAAGAUAUGCGCAGUGAACCGUUAUUUAUUUUCGACUUAGGCUCCAGUGUGGGAGAUGUUAGAUGGGCUCCAUAUUCGAGUACGGUAUUUGCAGCAGCAACUUCUGAAGGAAAAGUUCAUGUUUUUGACUUGAAUGUGAAUAAAUACAAAGCGAUUUGUAUACAAGCUGUGGUAACAAAACGAAGGAAUAAGCUGACGAGGUUGGCUUUCAAUCAGAAACUUCCAUUUAUAAUUGUUGGAGAUGAAAAAGGUACAACGAUUUCUUUGAAACUUUCACCUAACUUGAGAGUGAUGGUCAAACCACCAAAGAAACAACUUUGGUUGGACCAACAGACACUUCAAAUACAGAAACUUGAUAGGAUACUUUCAUUGGUGAGGGAGUUACCUGAAGGAGAAGUCAUCAAGGAUACUACAACAACAGUACAAAGUUAAUUUUGUAGAAUAAAUUUUACAAAAUUUUCAGACUAUUAACAAAACUUAAAUAAAAAUGAAUCAAUUGUUUAAAUUUUUUUUU